AUGCAAGCUGUCGUAUUCAAAGGACCCUUGCAAGUCGCAGUGGAGCAACGGCCAAUCCCAGUGAUCCAAGAUGAGACGGAUGUAAUCCUUAAGGUGCGGUACACGGCGCUGUGUGGUAGCGAACUCCAUGUAUAUCGAGGACACCAGCCCGCAGGCUCAGGGUUUAUUAUGGGCCACGAGUUUACAGGCACGGUGUUUGAAUUGGGCUCUGGAGUUCAGCAUUUCAAGAAAGGCGACCAUGUUGUGGCACCCUUUACUGUGAAUUGCGGGACGUGUUUUUACUGCCGCUUGGAGAUAAGUUCACGUUGUGUCAACUCCAAGCUAUUUGGGUCCCCUCUUCUUGAUGGUGGUCAAGCUGAAUAUGUGCGCGUACCGAUGGCAGAUGCCAGCUUGAUCCAGGCUCCGAAGGAGAUUGACGAGAAGAAGCUCGUCUUCAUGGCAGACAUUUUCCCAACAGGAUAUUUUGCAGCCUCCAAUGCGUUCAAAGGGCUGGACAAACCUGCAGUUGAGGGAUGCACUGUUCUUCUUCUCGGCUGUGGGCCUGUUGGUCUAUUUGCUCUUAUGAGUGCUCUGGAAUAUCGCCCGAAACAUCUGCUUGCCGUGGAUAAGGUCGCCUCACGUCUACAACGUGCGAAGGAGCUUGGUGCCGAGGCGUGGAACUUUGAGACUGAUAGAGAAGGUCUCGAAAGAAGAGUCAAGGACCUAACUGAUGGGCGAGGCGCUGAUAUCGUCAUUGAGGUUGUCGGCCACGCUGAUGCUCUGAGGCUCGGCUUCGAUCUACUUCGACCCUUUGGCCGCAUCUCCAGCGUCGGGGUACACAACGAGCCAGUUCCAUGGACAGGCUUUGAAGCGUAUUCCAAGAAUCUUUCCAUUCAGAUGGGCAUGUUCAAGGAGGCUGUGAAGUUGUUUGCGCGGAAACAGGAUUCUUGCAGUUUCAUGGUUGCAGAUGUUCGGCCGCUAUCCCAAGCUCCUCAGAGUUACGAUGAUUUCAACCGUAUGAGGUCACAGAAGAUCAUUUUCGAGGCCGAUAAGUAG